CGAGUCGCGCAUGCAUUGCUUCGCUAUGGCCGACUGACUGUGCCGGAGCUGGUUCGCCGAAUCAAUUCGCCUGCGGGCGGUCGCCAGCAUGCUUGGUCCUCACGUAAAUCUUCCUUGGUUCCAAAAGACAAGAGUGACCCGAAUGCAAUACCCGUGCGCUUGAUCCAGCAGGCGCUUGUAGUGCUCAUCCAGCACCACUGUGUUCAGCACUCGCGUCCCUCGAACAGCAGUCAUUGUGCGGACGAAGAGUUUUUUGAGGUUGAUAUGGACGAAAUACUCUGCCGCUUGCGAUUUGGAGACUACAUGAGCCUCGCGCAGGAAUGGGGAGGCGACGAUGCACAAAGUGUCAUUCGCCUCCUUCUAUACCACGGACAAAUGCGCGCUGGAGACGUGGUGGACACACUCAAGAGAGAUCCCAAUAUGAGUGGCGCACCAUCAGAUGCGUCCGACAAGGAGUUGGAGCAGCGUGCCGCGGCACUGCGUGAGUUGCUUGCACGGAUGCUACUCGACUCGCUCGUGCGACCAUCCACACCUGUGCAGCAUGUGUCGCUGCAGGACCGUACCCUGGCAUUGGAGAGCAUGCUUCAGCAAGCACAAAAAGGUGUACCUACGGCCAAGUCUUUGCGAGAGAUUAAGGCCAAGGUGGCUGCCAUGAUUGACGAAGAAGACCGUCGCGAAUGGGAAGGUGCUCAGGAUGGCAUGGACGAUUUGCGGUUGGGCUUGAAGCGUAAAGUAAGCACUCUAUCAGGAACAGAAAAACGAUCGAAGCGGCAUGCACACUCAGAUGUGAGCGCGGCCCGGACUGAUGUCGAGAUUGACGUAUGUAUUAUGAUUUAA